GACGAGGCAACGUCAGAGAUGGACGGCGACACGGACCGACUGAUCCAGGCCACGCUGAGGGACGCCUUCGCCCAGUGCACUGUGAUCGCCAUUGCGCAUCGCAUUCACGCCGUGCUCGACUACGACAAGAUCCUUGUAAUGGCGGAUGGCACCAUUCUGGAGUACGGGUCGGUGAAGGAGCUACUCUAUGACGUCAGUUCCGCAUUCCACACGAUGGCCAAGAACGCCGGAGCCCUACCUUUUGACGCCCAUGGCCGAGACUACGUAUCGACUGCUGAGCUGUGAAAAUGACUAACAGCUCGCAGACGUGGGGCUUUAGACUGCCUUGGUGAAGCCGUGCUUCGCUGCUGGCGUCACAUCUCGCAAGAUGUGAUCGAAGGGCACAAACUACGCAAUGCCAAAAAUGCAAGCUGAAAGACUAGUUGCCUAGGCCGCGCAGGAACAGCAAUCGUGACGCUGGCCUUUCAUGAUAUCAUGCGUUCGCGAGUACGGAAGUUAUCUGGACCACAAGUUUCACAGGCAGUUCCUUCACGACUAAGCACUGUACUUUUUAAAGAUUUGGAAGUGUUUAAAUUUAUCCAAAAAAAUUCAGUUUCUGUGGGCGCUAAAUGGCGUCUUCUGUUUCACGCACUAAAUUAUUAUAAAGAUCUCACAUCUCCAAGUCGGUCGGCUCUGUUUCAUGGGGAAUUGUGGCACGAAGAAAAGUUACGACUGUCAUCUUAUUACCGCGAUAACGAAUGCGACUCAAAACAUCAGCGCUGAUGGCAGUACCUUUCUGGAUCUGGGUUUAUGAUGAAUUAAGAUCUCCUUCUAACAUUCGGCUAUCCUGUAUUUAUCACUGGACAAACACGUUUGAGUGCCGAUGCAAUCGCUGUAAGGAAAAGCCUUAUCCAU